UAUGCGUGAUUUGUCUUUUUAAAUUUUUUCAUAAUUUUUUCAAAUAAGACAGACGGUCAAACGUUGGGCAUGGAAACCAGGUUUGUCUUUUUUUAGGGCGGAGGGAGUAGGACUGUAAUAUGUGUGGUCAAGGUUGUACGGAAGGAUCAAUUAUAAAGCUACAAAACGAAUUAUGUAAGCAGAAUGAAUUCAAAAGUACCAAUAGAGAAGGUAAGCUACAGGAGUAUUGCAGAAGUUUUAGAAGGUACGUGUUCUAUGAGGCAUGCAUGGUUGCUACCUUGGCAGAUGGCAUGAGAUCAAAUGAGGGCGAUCGAUGCAUCGAGCAGUGCUGAAGGCUCUGCUACCGAUCGAUGUGCUCAGCUCUCACCGAACCGGCCAUGUGGUGUGGGUAGUUGGAAGUAGAGGAUGUUAGAUUAGCAGCAGCGAGAUCAACGAUGAUAUGAGGAUCGCAAGGACUAGUGGGGUGAAUUAUGAAAAUAUAAGUUGACUGAAAGGAGAAUGAAUGAAUUAAAUAUGACCACUCGGCUGUCUUUUGAUGACGACAGUUUCGCUGCCAGAGAGAAAAUUGCCAUAUUCUGGAAGGUCAAUGGACGGGAGGGGAAGAUUAAAGGCCAAAAGACACUGGCCUUGAUGUGCAUGGGUCUGGUGGGUGGGGGAGCGAGAGUUAGCUUGACGUAAGAAGAGAGCAAACAACCGUUGAUGCUGGAAACAUGGAUUUGAUCGGACAGCUUUCCAUGCGCCGAUGACGUGGAUUAACCUGGAGCAAGCUUUAUAGGAGUUAAUGCUAUAGAUAAUAGAUAGAUUCCAGGAGUGUGAGACCAUUAAGCCUCCUAGUGAGCAUGCGACAACGGGCUAAAACCACCGAGGCACCGACCAAAUAAUCAGUAACGCGAUACUACGUAGGAUCGUUUUUUAUAUGUAUUAUAAUAUCAGUAUAUUACCGUAGGAUUGGGAUACUAUUAGAUGUUAGAAAAUAUAUUUUUUUAUAUAAAUAUAUAAUAUGGUGUAUAAAUUAAAGCAUAUAAUAUUGAUUUUGAUAAAUUUAAUAGGUUUUUAAUGUAAACUUGAGGAUAUUUUUUCAUAAUAUUUUAAAUCCACCUGAUUUUAAAUAAUAUUUAUUAGGAUUAUAGUAUUGAGAUACUUCCGAAAAAUGAACUAGAAACUAUAAGCUAGGUAGGAAAUCUAGUUUUUCUAUAGGUUCUUAAAAUCUGGCUAAGCUUUUCAAACAGACCCUAGGAUAUCAUGCUACUGAUAACAUUGCCAAAAAGGCGAGCUAGCAUGAUUGCCUGGAUGUGCCGAUAUCGAUAGCUAGCUAACCAUGCAGAUGAAGGAAACGUAUCCUAACUAGUACUCCUUGGUUUCCGAAUCGGAUUAACUGUAGAUGAUCCGUCUCUGACUCGAUUUUAACAGAUUAAUUAAACAGCGCUAUGCAGACAGCAAAUCGAUCGACUCCGUCUCGGAUCAGAGUUGAUGAUUCAUGCUAUAAAUACAGGACCCACCAAACAGUUCUCCAAGCUGUAUCGAGGGGAGAAACAAGUAAACGACCUCUCUGUUCGGUUAAUUAGCGCGGAUUAGAUCGAUCAAAAGUUUGCAUCUACUAACUUCGAGUAAGCAAGCCACCCGUUUUAAUCCAUGGCGGCGACAGCGGACAACGGCGAAAAGAUGAUCCUCCUGAUCAGCUCGGACGGUGAGCGUUUUGAGCUGUCGGAGGCGGCAGCGAGUCAGUCAAAGACAUUAUCCCACAUGAUCGAGGAUGACUGCACCGAUAAUGGGGUUCCCCUCCCCAACGUCACCGCCGUCGUCCUCGUCAAGGUGGUCGAGUACUUCAAGAAACACGCCGCCGUCACCCCCAAGCCAGCCACGGAAGCCGUCGUUGCUGAUAAAGCGAAGAGGGAGGAGGAGCUCAAGAGCUUUGACGCCGAGUUCGUCGACGUCGACAGGACGAUGUUGUUCGAGUUGAUUUUGGCCGCAAACUUCUUGAACGCGCAGGACCUGCUAGAUCUGACCUGCCAGCACGCGGCGGACUUGAUCAAAGACAUGUCGGUGGAGGAGGUCAGGGAGGUGUUCAACAUCACCAACGACUUCACGCCAGAGGAGGAGGCGGAGGUCCGUAAAGAGAACGCUUGGGCUUUUGACAACUAGGGUAUCAAAGAUUGAUAUAAUUUAGGCAUUUGUCAUUAACUAUUGUCGUGUGUUAGUUACUAGUACUUAUUUAGCACUGAUAGGAUUUAGCUGUUUAUGUGGUUGAUACUAUUGCAUUGCCUCGUAAUUUAUUUAUUUAUUGCUUAUAAUUUAACUCUCCGUUUAGUCUAAGCUAUGCACUUGCUUGCUCUUCGGUGGUUUCGAUUGAGCCAUUUCAAAUUAAAUGAAAAGUUCAGUGUAGCACAGGCAGGAACCAAAAUCAUGGUUCUUGGUGUCGUCUUAUACAGCAGCUUACACAACUUUCUUCGGUUUAUACUUUAUUCCACCUUCAUGCACAGUAACCGUUGUGUCUUCUGUUAUAGAGUCGACUUUUAUACACGAAUCUAAAAUUGACGAUGGUACCCUACCUA